UCUUGGUGGGAUGGUGCACAGCACGGUAGCGAAGCAAAGCGGGAGGAAGUUAAAAGCGGGAGGAGUUAUUCGGGCGCCUGCUUUCUCCCUCGGACGGUCGGUGUGUUUGGUUGCUUGGACAGUACUCUAUUAAAGUAGUGUAGGACAAACACACAGCUCUGUCUCUCUCUGUCACUGACUGUCCUUAAGAGUAUCAGGGCCCUCUGCGCGUGUCUUUUGAGACCACACUGUCAGAAGACCAAGAACACUCACACCUGCCCCUUCUUGAAGCCUGCUUUGUGUAACUAACGGAGACGGAAACGGACCUUUUCCCGCACGGUCGCAUGCCCACCAGGCUGAAGAUGAUAGGACCAGAGAGAUUUGGGCUUGUGGAGUUACCGCUGCGCUCAGUGAACGUCGACGGUUCACCUCUCCUGGAGUUGGCGGGAGAGGAGCCGUGCGCAACGGGUGACCACCACGAGAUUGAGAGCCUAGUGACAGCGUCGGUUGAGGUGCCUGUGACUGUAGAAUGCAGUGCGUGGGGAGAGAAGAUGCCGUUCCACCACGUCAGGUCUACACUGCUCUACACUGGAAGUCUCCUGAGCCGGACUCUGUCUGAGGGGAGCGAAGCCUUCCAAAUCACCAGUAUAUCCACUGAGGAGCUAGGAGAGAUCCGGCAGGCAUUCCGGGUGCUGGAUCGGGAUGGGAACGGGUUCAUCUCUAAGCAGGAGCUGGGCAUGGCUAUGAGGUCCCUGGGAUACAUGCCUAGCGAGGUGGAGCUGGCCAUCAUCAUGCAGAGACUGGACAUGGACGGUGAUGGCCAGGUGGACUUUGAAGAGUUUGUGACGAUACUGGGACCCAAACUUCUGUCAUCUGAGACCAGAGAAGGCUUCCGAGGAAGCACCAUCGAUAACAUCUUCUGGCAGUUUGACAUGCAGCAGAUGUCUCUUGAUGAGCUGAAGCAGAUUCUGUUCCAUGCGUUCCAAGACCACCUGACAAUGAAGGAUAUCGAGAACAUCAUCAUCAACGAAGAGGAGAGCCUCAAUGAGACAGGGAACUGCCCCGAGUACGAGGGAGUCCAUCCUAAGAAGAAGAAUAGACAGACGUGCGUGAGGAAGAGUCUGAUCUGUGCCUUCGCCAUGGCCUUCAUUAUCAGCGUCAUGCUCAUCGCGGCCAAUCAGAUGCUGCGGAAUGGCAUGGAGUAGCCAAUCACAAUGUGAGCCUGGGGAGUGGGCGGAACAGUAUUAUAACCUCACUUCCUCUCUCUGCAGUGAAAAAAAAAAGGAAGACAGAGCAGCCAGAACCCAAACACAUCUGUGAAGGACAACUAUAUGUUCUUUUAAAUAAAGUUUGUUGUGAUUUAUACCGUAAACAGACGAGAGGGUGCAAGGCCUGAUGGACAACAACGUAAAACGAAAAGCCAUUUUUUUCAAGUCACUAGGAGGACUUGAUUAACAUAGAUAGACUGGAAGGGAUGCAAAGCAAUCGUUUUAUAUUUUGUGGGGAUUAUUCCUUUCAUUUCUGUAUCAGAGAACGCCAGGCGUUUAAAUUAAGAUUGCUUUUCUAAUCUCCCAUUUAAAAGAUUUUCUAAUCAACAGCAAUCUAUUCAAUAUGCAGCAGGUGCUUUGAGCCAUUCCUGAACUUUUGGUUCUGGAGUUCAUAUUAUUUCAGGAAGGCAAUAUCUGAGGAUACUGAUACUGUACUACUGUUUAAUGUUUUAAACUGUAUAUAAACAUGUUAAUCUGUUCAUUUAAAAAAAAUUAUUGUACUAUCUUAUAUUUAGAUUGUACAGAGUCACUCAGCUGUGGACAUUCUACACAUUUAUUUUUACACUGUGACAGAGGUGGUUUGCAUCUUAAGGACAGACUUGGGUUGGCUCCCAGAGCAAACACCAAGGCUUUAGCUCUGCUGACUAACAUAGUCUUCAGUAAAAUAGUCGACCUUCUACUGUACACCUGACAUUCACUCCCUCGCAAUGUUCUUACAAUAUAGUUGACUGUCUAUUUGUCUGUCUGUCUGUAUACACUGCAAUGUGACUGUGGAUAUUCAAAGGCACUGUAUGUAUGUAGAGUAUUUACCAUAUGUCAUGUCAUUCUACGUGUCCAUAGGACAGUGUGCUGUGUGUGUGUGCUAGACUGUCUAUGUUUGGUCAAGGUUGCUGCCUGGUGGCUAUGGAGAGAACUUCACCCAAAUGCUUGGAAUUUGAACCACGGAUAACACAGUUGUGGUCUAAAAUGUCUUUGACCAGGCCCGAUUAAGAUUGCUUUUCAUUCCAGGAGGCUUUUGGGUUUUUCCACUUUUGCCCUCGUUCACUCCCCUUCACAAAUCUGAUAGGACUAGAUGGUUGAAAGCAUAUGGUGCAAACUCCAACACCUAUCCGACCUGAAGGCUUGGUGGAGCUUUUUCUUUACACCUACUGUACCAAUCUAGGGCCAAUAUUCAUGAAGCAUCUCAGAGUAGGAGUGGUGAACCAUUACCACCUAGCGGAUUCAUGUCAUUUAAACUGCUGGCCAUAAGACUCACAAAGCGUCUGAGUAGUGCUAAGAAGAUACAUUUUACUCUUGCUCUUAUGGGUGAAAAUAAAAGCUAUGCAUGAAGCCUCUUUCGUCAUUAGAGUUCCACCUUGUUGACAGAUAUUUAGGAGACCUCAUGAGCUGUCCUAACCAGUUGAGGGACCAGCGGGUGCCUUGAAAAGAGAAAAUGCAGCGAGUCAGUGGUUCCUGCACCACAUGCAAUUGCUUUGGAGUUGUUAAAGAAACGUUUUGAUAUUUAAUUUAUAUACGAUCAAUCCAUAAAUAAUCUGGACCUACAUGCAACAGUAUCUCUUGCCAGUAUCUCUUGCCAGUAUCUUGGCCUAUUUAACAUGAUAUGUCUAAAUACUUAUGACAGGGGUAUUCAACUCUAUCCCUACAAGGUCUGGAGCCGACUAGUUUUCUGUUCUACCUGAUAAUGAAUUUUACCCACCUAGUGUGCCAGGUAUACAUCAGUCCCUGAUUAGUGGGGAACAAUGAAUAAAAGCAGUGGAACUGGCUUUGAGGUCCAGAGUUGAGUUUGAGGGCACUAGGCUAACAAAAAUAUAUAUAUAUUUUGAUUAUUUAAUUACCUACAUCAUGCUACUUCAUGUUAUCCCUUUGGAGCACAAUAUCACAUUCUUAAAAAAAGAUGCCCAAACAUUGUAUGCAACGUUAUCAGUAAGAUUCCUACUGUGCCAAAGCGAUUUAGAGUUGCUAAGUGGGAGUUACGUGCUAUAGAGUUCACAGCUGGAGAUGCCUCAUCCCGUUUAGUUAGUCCCGUCCAAUAGUGGCAAGUUUAGCUAAUGAAGUAACUUCGUCAGUCGUGUCCACGCAUGACCAGAAUGACACAUUGAUGAACCGCCAAAGGCCCCUAUGUCACAAGUUACUGGAAUACAUUGGUCACUAAUAUCUGUUGGAAAAAAGUCUGGUUAUUACCACACAAAUACUUGCUUGUUAACAAGGUCAAAGAGGUCUCUUUCAGAAUGAUCCAUAAGUAUUACCCUGCGAAUCAUUACCUGAAGAAACUUUAAAAAAUACAUUUUAACAUUGAUUGUACUUUUUGUGAGCAUCCAGAAACAGUUUCACAUUUUAUUUUGGCAUUGUCUACAUGUAAAACAAUUAUGGAAAGAUAUUCACAAAUUUAUAAUUGUUAAUAUUCUUGAUGACUUUUUUAUGGGAGAAUGUGCUGCUCGGCUUCCUUAAACAGAAUAAAGAUAAAGAAAAACAAUUUUACCUUAUAAAUCUAAUUGUGCUAAUUGCUAAAUUUCAUAUUCAUAAAUGUAAAUUCACUAAUAAAAAAACACACUUCUGUGUUUUCUAUAAGGAAUUCGGGCAAUACAUUAAGACCAUUAUACAUUCUUCUAAUAAGAAUGUUGUUAAAACAAUCUAUAUGUGUGCAUCUUUUAAGGUCUUUGUAUAAUCUGUCAUUUGUUGUACCCCCUAGCAUAUGUUAUUAUUGUCUGUUUGUAUACUUCUUGUAUGUAUACUGAUUUUUCUCCAAUUAAAUUUACAAAAUUAA